UUCCUUAUUGACAGCUCAGUGGUGGGGAGUUGGAAGAGAGUCAGCCAUCGCACAUCAUACAAAGUAUACCUACAGGAAUAGAAAAAAUCUAAAAUGAGAAAACAAUAACAAUGGAGGCUUGCAAUACAGUAGAGCGUGAACUUGACAAAGUUUUACUUAAAUUCACUGACAUCAACGACCAAGCUGGAGCUGUCCUCAGGGAUUUAAUCAGUGAAAUUGAGACUUUUAAACGGGAAUUGGAUCAAGCUCCCCCAGACCAAGAGCUAACCCCAAAGCAGAUUGAAAUUCUGAAGCAGUCAGUGAGCAAAGUCCGUGACACAGUGCAUCGACUGGCGACAGACCACCGCGAGUCCCACAGCACCGUCUCCAAAGUCGGGAAAGCUAUUGACAGAAAUUUUAUCGCAGACUUUGCCAGCACCAGCCGUGAAGAUGUCUUCAAUGGCGCGGAGAAGACGCAGCUGCUUAACCAGGUCAUCUGUCAGCAUUUUUAUCGACAGGGAAUGCUCGAUAUUGCUGAGGAAUUAGCUGCUGAGACGGGAAUAAAGACUGAUGACAGUAAAAAGGAGCCAUUUAAUGAACUCAACAAAAUCUUGGACUGCCUGAAGCAGCGAAAUUUAGAACCAGCGUUAGAGUGGACUAAAAACCACCGCGAAGCCCUGCUGGCUCAAAAUUCCUCUUUAGAAUUCAAGCUCCACCGUCUCCAGUUCAUCAGACUGGUCCAGCAAGGUCCAAGCAGCCAAGCAGAAGCGGUGAUGUAUGCUCGGAAAAAUUUGACCCAGUUUGUGACUCGCCACGAAAAGGAGGUCCAGUCUUUAAUGGGGACGCUUCUGUACCUCCCGAAUGGGAUCCAGUCCUCACCUUACAGCCAUCUGCUGGAUCCGAAUCUUUGGCUGGAUAUUCACGAUGUUUUCACCAAGGAAGCAUGCACUUUGUUGGGACUCAGUGUUGAUAGUCCUCUGUCUGUUUGUGUAAAUGCGGGAUGUACAGCAUUGCCGGCAUUGCUAAAUAUCAAGCAAGUUAUGCAACAGAGACAAGUUACCAAUAUAUGGAAUGGAAAAGAUGAACUUCCUAUCGAAAUAGACUUGGGAAAACAAAGCCGCUAUCACUCAGUAUUCGCAUGUCCAAUCCUGAGACAGCAGAGUACAGAAAACAAUCCACCAAUGAAGUUGGUCUGCGGUCACGUAAUAUCUCGUGACGCAUUAAAUAAAUUAACAAAUUCAAACAAAAACCAAUUUGUUUCCAGGCUCAAGUGCCCGUACUGUCCCGUCGAGCAGAACCCGGAGGAUGCAAGGCUCAUUUAUUUUUAGUUCCUUUUUGUUUCUGUGAUACUUUUUUUUUUUUUCUAACUUUAUUUUUCAAUCAGUCAAUUAAUUUUAUUAAUUAAUAAAUCGACUGAUUUAUUAAUUAAUUGGUUCAGUUUAUAAAAUUUCAAAUAGUUUAAAUCCGGAAACAUAUUUAUUCGAAGACAACUAUUAAAUUGUUAAUUAUUUCUUUUGUAAUUAAUUCCUGUAAUGA